ACUUGGGUGUUUCAGUAUUAUACCUUUGCUGCAACACACAACCACUGCCAAGAAAAAAUAAUCACGAAACAGGUCGUUCAGUUCAACUUUUGCCAUUUUCUAGUGGUGAUCAGAGCAGCUGCAGAAUUCAAGCUCAUGGGUUCCAGGGCAGCGCGUGAAGACUCCUCAAUUCAAUGGAAAUACCACAUAUUCUUGAGCUUCAGAGGUGAAGACACGCGAAAUGGCUUCACGUCCCUCCUUCACAAGGCAUUACAAAGCUGGGAAUACGAAGUUUUUAUGGACGAGAACGAUCUAAAAAUCGGGCAAGAUAUAAAACCAGAACUGUUGCAGGCAAUCGAAAAGUCCAAGAUGUCUGUAAUUGUCUUCUCAACGAGGUAUGCAGAUUCCAGUUGGUGUCUUCAUGAGCUGGUGAAGAUCAUGGAGUGUAGAAGAACACUGAAUCAAAUCGUUUUGCCAAUAUUCUACAACGUGGAUCCUUCAGACUUCAGGCAUCAGACUGGUACUUUGGCAUCUGAUUUUCAGGAACAUGCCAUCCGACAUAAAGAUGAGGUGGUAAAGGAGUGGAGAAAGGCUCUUACUGAAGCUGCGAAUUUGUGUGCCGCGGUUCUCGAAGACACUGCGGACAGGAAUGAAGAAAAGUUUAUCGAGGAAUUUAUUGAGAAUAAUAUUAUCAGACGGCUUUCCACAACUCCCCUACCAGUAGCCGAUCACCCGGUUGGAGUCGACUCUCGUGUACAUGAUAUGAUCAAUUAUCUUUUAGGUGGUGGAUCACAAAAUGUUGUCAUGAUUGGAAUUUGGGGGAUGCCCGGACUGGGCAAAACAACAGCUGCGAAGGCCAUUUAUAAUCAAAUUAAGGAUAAAUUCGAAGCUCAUGGUUUCCUUGGAGACAUUAGGGACACUGCAAAUAGACAUGGUCUUGUUUAUUUGCAACAACUACUUCUUGCUGAAAUCAACAAGAAACCGACCAAAUUUCACAUAAGUUGUGUUGAUGGAGGGAAGGUUGUGAUAAAAAAAGAACUCAAAUGUAAAAGAGUACUUGUAAUUAUCGACGAUGUAGAUGAAAACGAGCAACUCGAAGCAAUAGCUGGAAGUCGUGAUUGGUUUGGCUCUGGAAGUAGAAUUAUAAUAACUACUAGAGAUAGACAAUUUCUAAACGUACCUCAUGUGAAUGAAACUUUCACGGUUCCAGAAAUGAAUCCAGAUGAAGGUCUUGAGCUCUUUCGUCGACAUGCCUUUGAAAAUGGUUAUCCUAAUCACCGAUAUCUUGAACUCUCAGAAAAGGCAGUUCUUUAUAGUGGAGGUUUGCCACUGGCACUUAAAGUUUUAGGCUCUUUCUUGUUUAGAAAAAGCAUAGAAGUUUGGGAAAGCCAAUUGCAGGAAUUGGAAGAAAUCCCUCCUAAAGAUAUUCUAAAAAAACUGAGAAUAAGCUAUGACGGUCUAGAUCAUAAUGAGAAGUGUAUAUUCCUUGAUAUAUCUUGUUUCUUCAUUGGAAUGAACAAAGACCAUGUCAGAAAAAUAUUAGAUGGAUGUGGUUUUAAAGCAGAAAUAAAAAUCAGUGUCCUCCUUCAGCGGUGCCUUGUUACUGUUAAUGAAAAGAACCAGCUAAUGAUGCAUAAUUUACUUCGAGACAUGGGCAGAGCAAUCAGUCAAGAAGAUGACAAAGAACACGGGCGUAGAUUGUGGCUCCAUGAAGAUGUGACAGGUGUAUUGGAAGACGAAUCUGGAACUACAAGAGUUGAAGGACUUGCUCUAAAUCUGCGAAGCUCGGAAAAGGCUAGUUUCAGUACUGAAGCAUUUAGCAAAAUGAGCAAACUGAAAUUGCUCCAGCUCAACUAUGUAGAGCUCACCGGAGAGUACAAAUUUCUUUCCAAAAAUUUAAGAUGGUUGUGCUGGCAUGGAUUCCUUUUAGAUUCGAUACCGGGCGACUUUGAUCUAACAAAGCUGGUUGCUAUGGACCUGCAGUUUAGCAAACUCAAAAUUGUUUGGAAGGAUUGCAAGUCGCUUCAGAAGUUGAGAAUCAUUAAUCUGAGUCAUUCUUCUGAUCUAACAACAUCACCAGACUUUUCAGAAGUCCCAAAUCUCGAGGAGUUGAUAUUGGAAUAUACGAGUUUGUCUGAUGUCCAUGAAUCCAUUGGUGAUCUCAAAAGACUUGCUUUUGUAAAUCUUGAACACUGCAAAAUGCUUAAAGAUCUCCCCCUGAAUUUAUAUAGAUCCAAGUCUAUUGAAACUCUUCUACUUAAUGGUUGUUCAAGAUUUGAAAACUUGGCUGAGGGCUUAGGGGACAUGGUAUCAUUGAGAACACUGGAAGCAGACGAUACAGCUAUAACAAAAAUACCAUCUUCCAUAGUAAAAUUGAAGAACCUGAGAUCUGUAUCUCUAUGUGGUUUGGAACGGUUAACUGGCUUUUUGCCACAUUCUUACCUGAGUUCAACUGGUUUUUUGCCCCCUUUGUUAGAUGGCUUAAACUCUUUAAGAAAAUUAGCUCUUGCAAACUGCAGUUUAACUGAUGAUGCACUCCCUAAGGAUCUCAGGAGCCUAAGUUCCUUAGAACAUUUAGAUUGUGGACAAAAUUCUUUUUCUAGACUACCAAGUCUAAGUGGUCUUUCAAAGCUGGAAUAUUUGUGUUUAAAUGACUGCAGAGCACUUCGGGCAAUCCCAGAAUUACCUACAAAUCUGAAAGUUCUGAGAGGGUUUGGCUGCACAGCAUUGGAAACAAUGCCAGAUUUUUCAGAAAUGUCAAGUAUAAGAGAACUGUAUUUAUCUGAUUCGAACAAACUCACUGAGAUUCCUGGCUUGGAUAAGUCAUUAAACUCCGUGACAAGGAUUCAUAUGGAAGGCUGCACCAAUCUCACCGCCAGUUUCAGAAAGAAGAUCCUACAGGGAUGGACUUCUUGCGGAUUUGGAGGCAUUUAUCUUGAAGGGAUUUAUCGUAUUCCUAAGUUGUUCAAGUUGGUCGGUAAUGAGUACAAUGAAGUGGAUUUUGAAGUGCCCGAAAAGUUAGGUUAUGAUUUAAAAGGGUUAACGUUGUGUUGCGUUUACUCUUCAGACAACCCAAAACAAAAAGAUGGUCUUGGCAUUAUGGUUAGAAAUGAAACGCAAGGAACUACUUUGCACACCUGGCCAGCAAUUGCCUCGGUAAAAACAGACAGUAAACCUGAAGAUGAUUAUCUUUGGCAGGGACAACUAUCGAACGAUAGGCUCAGUUUGCAAGUUGGGGACAAAGUCUUGCUUUCUGUAUUUGCUACAGUUCAUUUUGUGAGAGUGAAGAAUGCAGCGGUCAAUCUAGAAUGGGACAAAGUUAUGAAGGAAAAUAUGCAUGAUUCGGAUCCUCAUCUAUAUAAUUUUGACCCAAAUCCUGAUUGGUUGUCGAGAACUCCAGAUGAGGCAGGACCAAGCCAAGGCGAACCAUUAAGAGAAUCAGUUCUUGCAAGUUGCAAUUUAACUGAUACUGGAAUCUACGACGAUUAUUCGGCCUCAGUCGUUGGAAUUACUUCUCGGGUCCGGGAUUUGAGUGAUCAUUUUGAAAAAUCAGGUUCUACAGAUGUUCGCAUGAUUGGUAUUUCGGGGAUGGCUGGCAUUGGAAAAACAACGCUUGCCAAAGCCAUUUUUAACAAAUUUGAACGUAUCUUCGAGGGUAAGAGUUUCCUUGCAAACGUGAGGGAAGUUGCACACUAUCCUUAUGGUCUGGUUCAUUUGCAAGAACUACUUCUAAAUGGUAUCUUGGAAAGCAAGGACCCCAUAAAGGUUGGCUCUGUUGCUAAAGGGAUCGAUAUGAUAAGAGAAAGACUUUGCCGUAAAAGAGCACUUGUCAUAAUUGACGAUGCAGAUGAUCUACAGCAACUAAAAGCAAUAGCUGGAGCUCGUGAUUGGUUUGGUCCUGGAAGCAGAAUUGUUAUAACCACAAGAAAUCAACAUUUGCUAGACCAAGUUGGGGUGGAUAGCACAUAUAUGGCUCAAGCAAUGAAUGAAAAAGAAGCUCUAGUGCUCUUUAGUUGGCAUGCCUUCAGAAGUGGUUAUCCUAAUCAAAAAUAUCUUGACCUCUCAAAACGCGCAAUUCGUUACUGUCAAGGCUUGCCACUAGCACUUGAAGUUGUAGGGUCUUUUCUGUUUACAAGAUCCAUACUGGAGUGGGAAAGCGACAUGAAGAGAUUGGAAAGAAGUCCUGGUGGAGGGAUUCAAGACGUACUCAGAAUAUCUUUUGAUGGGCUACCUGAUGAUAAAAUGAGAAAGAUAUUCCUUGAUAUAUCUUGUUUCUUUAUAGGAAUGGACAAGGACUAUGUAACACAAAUAUUAGAUGGAUGUGGCUAUUUUGCAACGAUAGGAAUCAAUAUCCUCAUUAAACGGUUCCUUGUAACUGUUAGUGAGCAAAACAAGCUGAUGGUGCAUGAUUUUUUUCGAGAGAUGGGAAGAGAGAUAGUUCGUGCAAAUGCCCGCGGUCUUCCCAAAAAAUUUAGUAGAUUGUGGGAACGUGAAGCCGUAACAAAUGUAUUGAGCGAUGAAUCUGGAACUGAAAAAAUUGAAGGAGUUGCUCUAGAUUUGGAUCUAGAUUGGGAUCUAGAUUCAGAUCUAGAUUCGACUAGAUUCAGUGCACAAGCAUUUACCAAGAUGGAAAAACUGAGGUUACUCCACCUUAGCAGAGUAGAGCUCACUGGAGAGUACAAAGAAUUUCCCAAAAAGUUAAGAUGGUUGUGCUGGCAUUAUUUUCCUUUAGAGUCCAUACCAGAUGACUUUCCUAUACAACCAAAACUAGUUGCUUUAGACCUGCAAUAUAGCAAACUCAAAAUAGUUUGGAAGGAUCGCAAGUUGCAUCAGAAUUUGAAAAUCCUUAAUCUCAGCCAUUCCCAUAGUCUAACAAAAUCACCAGACUUUUCAGAACUCCCAAAUCUCAAGGAAUUGAUAUUGCAGUUCUGUUGGAGUUUGUUUGAGGUUCACUCAUCCAUCGGGGAUCUUAGAAGACUUUCUUUGGUAAAUCUUGAAGGCUGCGACAUGCUAAAGAUUCUCCCACUGAAUUUCUAUAGAUCCAAGUCUAUUGAAAUUCUUCUACUUAAUGGUUGUUCAAGUUUUGAAAAGUUGGGUGAAAACUUAGGGGACAUGGUAUCAUUGACAAAUUUGAAAGCAGAUAGGACAGCCAUCAGACAAAUUCCAUCUUCCAUAGUAAAAUUGAAGAAGUUCAGAGUUUUAUCUCUAUCUGGCUGCUGGUCGUUAAUUAAGGAUGCAAUCCCUAAGGAUCUAUGUAGCCUAGAACAUCUGCUUCUUGGAGACAAUGAAUUUCGUAGCCUGCCAAGUCUCGCUGGUCUUUCAAAGCUCGAGGUCUUGUGUUUAAAUGCAUGCAAAAAACUUCUUGCAAUCCCAGAUUUACCAACCAAUUUGUAUGUUCUGAAAGCAAUUGACUGCCCAGAAUUGAAAAAAAUUCCAGAUUUUUCAAAGAUGUCGAAUAUGAGAGAAUUGUAUCUCUGUGAUUCGGUCAAACUCACUGAGGUUCCAGGCUUGGGUAAGUCAUUAAACUCCAUGACAAGGAUUCAUAUGGAAGGCUGCACCAAUCUCACUUCUGAGUUUAGGAAGAACAUCCUACAGGGAUGGACUUCUUCCGGAUAUGGUGGAAUUUAUUUGAAUGGAAUUUAUGAUAUUCCUGAGUGGUUCGAGUUCUACGAUGUGGACAAUAUCGUCUUUGAAGUUCCUCAAAGAAUCAUGGGUCGUGAUUUAAAGGGGUUGACUAUAUGCUUCGUUUAUUCUUCAGACAGCCCAGUGCUUGAUAGCAUUUGCAUUAUCGUUAGAAAUCUUACCAAACAAACUGCUUUGAACACCAAGAUAGCAUCUGGCUCGGUAAAAAUUUGGAGUGAAUCUAAAGAUGGUUAUCUUUGGCAGGGACAGUUGUCAAACGAUGUGCUCCAUUUGCAAGGCGGGGACCAAGUCUCCAUUCUUGUAAGGCCUGAUGAUGUUGAUUUUGUGAGAGUGAAGAAGACAGGGGUUCAUCUAGAAUGGGACAAGUUCAUGAACGAAAAUACGGAUAAUGCGGAUCCUCAUUUGUAUGAUUUUGGAAAAAAUCAGGAUUUUUCAGGGGGAGUUGAUGAGUCCAUUUCAAGAAACAGAGAGAACAAGGGAAGAAAAUCAAGGAGGAGGAGGAUAUGAUCGUUUGAUUAUGUUUAUACAACUGAGGUUGCUGAUACCAACAUAUUCAGAGAAGUAUGAGGAAGAGACCUGAAGAAAAAGGAAAGAGAGAGAAACUGCAAUCUUGAUUUCUGUGUUUCUUAAUCUUUUAAGCUACAGCACUAUUACACUUUAUACAGCUCUCUAACUAAUUCACAUACACUAUUAACAACUCACGUACGUGCGCUUUAAGUAGACCAUCCCGUUUUCUGGGCUGUGGUUGUAACCGCCUGUGCCGAUAUUCUACGAUAUGGAGGCUAAAGAUGUGAGGAAUCAGACUGUUUUUCUUUGGCAGGGAUAAUUGUCAAACGAUGUGCUACGUUUGCAAGGCGGUGACCAAGUCUCCAUUCUUGUAAGGCCUGAUGAUGUUGAUUUUGUGAGAGUGAAGAAGACGGGUUCAUCUAGAAUGGGACAAAGUCAUGAAGGAAAAUAUGGAUAAUCCAGGUCCUCAUUUGUAUGAUUUGGAAACAAAUCGGGAUUUUUCAGGGGGAGUUGACGACGCAUUUGUUCCGAAUCAAACUAGUGCUAUACAUGAAUGAUUAGCAGUGGAACCAUAUCUGGAUUUUUUUGGGGGAACUGAUACAGGACGUAGCCAUGCCGCAUCUGUUCCCCGAGAUCAAAUGAGUGCUUUAGUUGAAGAAUAAGCAGUGGAAGACGAUCCUUUUGGCCCAGGCGGAUGAUGGAGCAGGACGGAGCCGUGAUGCAUUUAUUCGCACUAAUCAAUCGAGUGUUGUGGACCACAGUAAUAUCAGAAACAAAAAGAACGUAACAGUGGACCAGUCAUCACCUUCUUGCAGCUCUGUGUAACCUACAAUAUAUUACUUUCCGUUUCUGUUACAGAACACUAGUUGCUGGUGGUGGUGAUCUGAAUCCAAUAUGUUCAGUUUGAUUAAACCUACGCCAAUGAGAUAAUCUACUAGGGUUGGCAUGGAAGGGCAGGGCAUGGCUCUUGAGUAAUCUUUUUCUGAUUGAUCCUAGUAUGUGCUUCCUUUGAACAAUCAGGAUAACAUUAUAGUGCGCUUUCAGUAGACCAACAUCCCAAUGCUGGUUAAAACAGCCGCACUUAUCAAAACUCCCAUACAAUGGUGUUGUGGCAGGUGUUCUCUGGGUGGCGUGGCUGGUUCAUUCCCAUUGGGCCUUCAGUUUGCCUGUUGUGUGUUUUCAUGUUUGGGCAGUUGUCUUUUUGUUUGUUGUUGUUAGGUUUUCUUCGGCUUGUAGCUUUCCACUCCAUUUGAAUGCUUUUCAAUUUAUGUACAUUCACAAAAAAAAUAUCAAUAACACAAUGA